CGGGCUUGUCCUUUCCGAGGAUUUAUUUUCCUUUUGAUGACGUAUGUGUAUGCGGAGGGGGUCGUUCACAGUGUAUAGGUGCCCACUGAGGCCACACGCAUUGGAUUCUCUUGGAGCCGGAGUUACAGGAAAUGUGAGCCGCCCAGCUUGGAUGUCAGGACCCCAAGUCAGGUCCUGUGUAAACAUCAGGGACAAGCAGUGUGUGCCGUGUAUUUUGUGUGGUGCCUGGAAAUGCGAAGGCACACCGCUGGUAGUAACUGCGGCCCCAUUCCUGUUGAAGCUUCAGGACCGACAGGGUAGCACAUCGGCUUCGGAGUUCAGAUCAGAUAAGUCCUGGAGGAGAGAGAGGCUGUGUUUGCCGGGACUCUCUGUUCGGGUAGCAGCCAGCCCUGGCGCGCGCCCGGCAGCAGUUAGGGGUUAGCGAGCAGGACACAGAGUCAGCUCCUCCUCCUAGGCUCUUCUCUCCCUGAGUAAGACAGCUCCAGACUGCGCCACUGCCGGCAGACACCAUGCGGCUCCAGGCCUCCUUCUCGGUUUUCCUGAUCCUCGCCUUCUGCCAAGAGCUUUGCUCAGAACCAAGUAAAGUAUUCAGAAAGCCCUUCCCAGAGCUAUGCAAACUCCCUAUGGAAAGGGGUGAGUGUCAAACCAUGCAACUGCGAUGGCACUAUAACAUCAAAUCCGGCAAGUGUGAGCGGUUUAGCUACGGAGGCUGUGGAGGCAACGAAAACAACUUUCUGACCAGAAAUCAGUGCCGCUUAGCCUGCAGACGUUCCUGAUUUAUCAAGCCUGUACAGCUCUCCAUGAAGUCAAGCUCCCUAUGGGAUCCCCUAAGGCUUUUUGUGUGUGAAUAAAAAAAAAAUGCAUUCCUCUAAAUAUAUUUCCCUAAAGUCAAUUCUGUCUCAGAAACUGCACAAAUGUUGGCAUCCUGCUUAAAAAUCUUUCCUUGUAAAAUACAA